AUGUCUGAGAGCAAAAGAAAGCCUAAUGUGCACCUGACCACGAGCCACGUCAAUUCACUGAAGAUAGGAAGCAGUAUCUGGGAAAAGACAGACAGUUCGAAACCGCGAUUGAACUUUUGGCAGAGAAAAAAGACGUCCGAAGAGCGUGGGCCCCUGAACAGCGUGGUGCGGGAGGUUAUCGCCGAGGCAAAGCUGCGUCGUGCGGAUAUGACUGCGCACCUGAGGGACUUUGAUGAAAACAAUGUGUUUUCCACAGCCUUGGUCAGAAAGACGUUGCGGGCGACCGGAAUAACCCACCCAUAUGGUGCCUUUGCAUUCCAGGCCGGGCGUGUAGCAGGGCGAAGGGAUUUGACUACGGAGAACAAGGACGAUCUCGUUAGCCAAGGUAACAUUCAAGGGGGAAACCAGGUGGCGAAGUCAGGUGCACUCCACCAGGCUUUCAUUCCACUCGUUAUCGACAUCCCCAGCGAGAACUUCGGUGAUGGGCCAACGAAAUCAAGACAGAAGCUGAUGGACGUGAAAUCCUGGGGUAAGAAAGAUCAAUGA